AUGAUAAAGCUUUUAGGCUUAAAAGAAAAUGCAUCGGACCAAGACAUUCUUCGUGCUUACCGUGUACGAGCACUAGAAGUGCACCCAGACAAGAACCCAGAGGAUAAAGUCAGGGCCACUAAAGAGUUUCAGCUUCUAACAGACGCUAAAAUAGUUCUUUUGGAUCCUGAAAAACGGCGAAAUCUAGAUGAAAGUUUGAUUGACAGCGGUGCUCGCAAUUGCAAUGCUCUACCCCUUUUGUGCAGUAUUUGUGACAAAAGUAAAUCCGGCGUAGGAUCAAGAUGUCUAAAAGGAAAGGGUCACACAAAUCCUCUAAUAGACGAAUUCAAUUCAGCUUCAAAAGAGUACAUGUACAGGAUGAAGAGGAAAUCAGAAAAAUACCAAACAAGAGAUGAAUUUACAAUUACCCUUCAAGAAGUGCUUACAAAAUUCGUUAACACCGAUUUCCAAAGGUUGUAUCCGUUAAUCGCAAAUCGAAAACAGAAGCCAUCUUCAGCUGAUCUUGGUACGUGCUCCGGAUCAAGUGUAAUCAGCAGCCAAAAGCCGUGUGUUCCUUCAGCGGCGGACGUUUUGAAGAUCUUUAAACUAUCUCUCGUUCGUGAGUCGAAGGGAUAUGCUCCAUUGCAUCCAGCUUCCACGGACAUUCCACUUUAUGACCUAUCAAGUCUUUCUAGCAAUGAGGUGGGACAAAUUCUUCAAUACUUUGGCCUUCCGAGUAUACAGCCCCAUAAAGAAUCGGUUAUUGAGGAAUUGAGCUUGUAUAUUCCAAAAUGUACCGUUGAGCACAAACAUCCUUAUGGCUACCAAAACAGCUCCAGGCAUUUCUGCCAGCAGUGUGAACGUUUCUCCUUUUUCUCCUUUUUCAAAUCUUUUCCUACCUGCUUCGCCUGUAAAAACGAAUGUUGCUGGGAAUGUAUGUCCAGCGUUAGGCGAAAAUUGCCCACAAGUGGCUCCUACGAUUUAAGAUCAUUGUGUAAGACUUGUGUGGCCAGUUUCAAUUCAACAGAACCAAUGAGAUGGCUGAAGCAUGGCCAGUACUUGUUGCGAAUUGGUGAAAAGUAUUUGGAAGCCGCACUUGCGAUGUACAACCUGUCCAGUGAGUUGUAUCCAUCUGAAACCGCCAUCAUAGAACAAGCUCGGGCACUCUUCAUUUGUAAUAGGCAUCAACGGUUGGUCCGCUAUGGCAAAGACGUACUUCGCACAGCUACGUUUGAUCGAGUUAAUGCUCGGAAGCUUCAGAAGAUGGUCGCUGAGUCCCUAAUGAAUAUAGCUGAUAAUGCUGACGACUACAAUUUGCUAAGGAAAGCUGAGAAGUAUGAGGAAGUUAUUAAUUGGACUGCGCACUUGUCUGACGAAAUUGAGCCUUGGGUGCGUGAUUUAAAGACAAGGGCGAUGAGGGGACGACUGCAUUGCUUUGAGGUUCGUGAAAGAGUCACGAAACAAAGAGCACAGAUUCUAUUCAAACAACUGACUGCUGCCAUAAGAGAGGGCUCCUUGCUGAGGGUGUUCACCCUGAUUCAAGACAUGGAUGAAGAAGCCAAGGGUGCGUGUUCAGAUCAGUUGUCAACAGAGUCACCAGAUUCUUACAAUCAAUACGGAAGACUGCUGUUACGACUUGCGAAAACUACGUUAGGAAUAAAGGGGGAUGCCGCAGGUGCUAUUAGUCAAAUCGCUGACAUAUUUUGGACGGGCUAUUCUCUCUUUAUGGAGAAUGAUAGCGGAGAACACAUUUUCCACUUUGUGAUCCAUUUCACAUGUCAGGUACUGAGAGAAAGACAUAGCUUGCUCCUGGAGACACUGCAUGAAAUUACGCCCAAAAACUUUCUGCAUUGUCUUCAUCUUUCUGAAGAUGACAUCUUUUCACCACGAGACAUAGAGGCCAGAUGGUGGAAAAACGUUAGUGUGGAAGGCUGCGACAUGAAGAUGUUUCUCAAAUAUGAGUUGGCUGUAAAGAACCUCUCAGAGACCAAAAAAUGGUCUCCAUUCAAAGUUGCCCUUUCUUACUACGACCUAACUCGUGCAUGUAAGCAUCCUUCUCAACUUUUGCUGACACUGAUUACUUCUGCACAGUGGUUUGCAAGACAAAUUUCAUUGCCCAAUACUGACGGUCCAUUGAAGUACUGGUGCAAAAAAAUGAUUCUGAAACUCACCAACCUGGCAGCUGCACAUUCCUUCGAGUUUGGCAUCCACCCGCAUCUGCAGUACUAUGUGGCAAGAAUGGUGUUGGGGCUCCAAUUCUAUGCCUCUUCCAAGAUACCUUACGGAAGCCAAGAUGACUUAAAAAUCUUUGGAGAUCAUUUAAACUGGCUUGUCGCUGCUGGGCGUCUGUGUCCAGUCCACAAAAUGCCAAUUGUCUCUCCAGCCGAAUCUGUUAUUUUCCACCUAAUGUCACAGGACCUUUACUCCGAGUAUCUGUUGAAGAUCCAAGAUGAAGUGGCACCACAGAUGAGACCUAUGUCGGAGGCUAUACUGCGCUACCACAUCUAUGAGAAUCACUGGAGAAAGCGGUGUCAACUACAAGAUCCAACUGGGAAUGGCCUCCGUUUAACUGCUAUGACUGAAUUGUUGCGUGCGGAAGAAUGGUCAUGGGAUGGUGUUCAGAAACUUCUCCAGUGGAAUUUGGUUCCAUUGGAUAGCGAAGGGUGGCUUGUUAGAAACCAUCAGCUGUUAGAACCUGUUGCGUCAAGUGGUAUCCAUCAACUUGUUGGCUUAGAAAUCAACAAGAAUGACUUCAGCAUCAAGAUUUUAACGAGAAAGAAAACCAGGCGGUCAUCCUCACUUCUAUGCUGGCAGGAUAUUGCUGUUGGAUUUACCAUAGAUUCUCCGGGAUGUUUCUUCAGCCUGGAAGCAGUGACCCCCCGGGAAACGCUGUAUCAUCCUUUCAAUAAGCAGAUUUUUGGGCCAAAGGAAUUGGAGGCAAGCAAAUUCCUAAACACACUGUUCCACACCGACUACCUUCUUAAGCAGUUAAGUACUGGGUUCGAGAUUUCAUCGUAUCCUCCUUUUCAUAAGCGUCCGGCCCAUGAAGGUUUACUAAAGGGUCUCCCUACUGCGUUACAGAAGGUUCUUUUGUCCAUACCAAGUCGUGGUCCUUCUUUUAGCCGAGUUCAUCGAUUCUGGAUACAAGCAGACGCCAUGGAGUACGAUAUCCAAGAAAACGACGAUUCAAUACGUUGGUUGUUUGGAGAUGUGGACAUGACCGUUCGCUGCAAGCCCAUGUUUCACUCACAGGAUGGAGAACUGCACGACCAAGACGUUCUUGGCCCAGAUUCUGACAGCCCGGAAGGAAAGUUCACUGCUGACUUUACCACACAUUAUGAUCAGAUCGGAAAGUAUUUUCCCGAAUUUCUUCGCUUGAAGGAACUUUGCAAAGUUCAAUGGCUGGGAGCUUUCAUAGCCAGCUUUGAAAGGAGUUUGGAGGAGCAAACCAAACGGCUCGAAAGUAGGGAAAUGGAUGCAAAGUAUCGUGAAAUAUAUGCCUUAGCUGUCCAAGGAGCUCAAAGUGAGAGCGAAAAACAACUGGAUGGCAUGUUGCGUGAAAUAAGGAGCCAAGUCGGUUUUAUCAGCGACGAAAUGGUUCGACUUAUUUAUCAAAAGACCAACAUUCCAGCUUCGUACCACGAGAUUUACAAUUGGGUGCGUUCUGGGGAUUCGACCGUGAUUGCAAAAGCAAUAGCACGUAAACGUGUCCCAUCUGUCUCGGAGAUUAAGCAGCAAGUGAUUAAUGAGCAUGCAAUGAAACUAAGGCAGUAUCAAAGAUCAGUUUCUGCAUUGAGGAAGAAUUGCAAGGAGUGCCUUCCGUCCACUGAUUUGGCCAAUGGAUGCUGUUGGGUGCCGGCUGUCUGCCACUGUGACGACGGAAAAUGCAUCUACGGAGGCGUAGCUUUGACACCAGUGCCACGCAAAGUUACUCUCAGAAUGGAAAGUGAUUUCAGCAGGGUGCCGCUCACUCCAAAUUUCUUUGGAUUUCGCGAGAAAGUAAAAAACCCGCCUGUGAAAUCAUUUACUCCUCCACGAAUCAAGGGAAGAAAAGUUCCUUUGGGAAACGGCGCUGGUCCACCUAGCGAUGACUCAGGCGACAGGGAAAGAAAAAAACCAAAGAAGAAAAAAGGUAAAAGUUUUAAAAAGCAUGCAUGAUAAAGAGCUUGAGGAAACUAAGUCCAUAGAGUGACGGCAACAUGAACGACACCAACCAAAAGAAUUGCUGAGCAGAGCAAUAGUUUUGCACUAUACUUUCUUUUUUUUAAUUCAGGAAAAAUUAUUGGCCAACCUCUGCGAAGUAACUAUUAAAAUCUGUAAGUUAAUCAUAGAACGUGGACGACAUCCCUACAAAAUCAGUCCCUGGACGGUUAAACGUUACUUAAAAAUUUAAAUAAAUUCAGAUUAAUUGAGGUCACAAAAAAAUGUUUAUGUAGAUGAGUUUAUAAAGUUGACUGGCAACCGUAAGGCAGCCAGCACCAGCCCCUCGAAUCAUCAAAGCGUAACCAGGACUUGUGGGUUGUGUGUGAUUUAUAUACCGGAUGAUGGAGUUAUGAUAAUUAUUCCGACCUGGUAACAUGGUAAUAUAAAAGAACAAGAAUAAAGGUUUAAUAAAAAGUGUUUGAUGAUUCCGUAGUGAUUAGGGGUACCGAUUGAAAAGAUCCUUUUUUAUGCCAGAUUUUUGAUGCGAACAAACUUUAUUCAUUAAAGUAGUUUAUUCUUGUUUUUCACGUUACCAUAUCCCCACGCCAACCGGUAUAUAAGCCAUACACAACGCAAAAUCCCCUGACUCACUUUGACGAAGGGAUGGUGCAUGAAACGUCAGCCUCUCUAUUUCCCUUAACUUUGGCCAAUAUACUGAACAACCCUUUUUCAACAACUGUCGUUUUUCAAUUUUCUCAUGUUUUUACCCAGAUCGAGUCCACUUAAGAGCGACGGUCAAGAAAAAUCGAGGAAAAUCUUGAAAAUUAAAAAAAAACCUAAAAUAUUUCAAAUUUGUGAUGAUCACCAUUAUAAGUACCCUCCUAGGCUAAACUGUGUUUUCGAAGAUUGUGAAAUAAAUGCCCUAUACUGGUAGACGUACUGAUAACACCCCUAAAGGUGCUCCAUUACACUACGUUUAAAGCAACUAUCGGGUUUUUUUUCUCUUUAAACAGGUGGUGAUGGUGAUACUAAUUCAAAGAAGCAGGAACACUCGCAAGAAGAAAUUAAAAAAGAAUUCACAAAGAUGAAAAACUUAUUUGGCCUAAAUGAGGAAAACAAAGUACAAAGCAAAAGGAUAAAACCAAAGAGAAAAAGAAAUUCUAUUGUGCAUCUGAUAAAAUGCAAGCCAGGCCGAGAAGCGUGGAAGACCCUUUUGGUUUUUCUCAGUGCGCGUAUUCCAUCAGGCACAGAAAGGGCAAAAGGCAAGUAG